GCAUCUUUGCUGGCGGGGGAUUUGCCCCGCCCAUCAGGAAUACGCGCACAACGCCGAGUUUGCCCAUACGUGAUUCUGGCACGACUCGAACGCGCCGCAUGAUGUUGCCGCUGCCAACACAGGCGCAUCCCUCGGAAACGGAAACGGACAAGAAACUGAAGAUGAUAAUGGGCCAAACGGGCAAACUGAACAUUAAUGGGCGACAGUAUCCGACAGAUAUACACGAUCUGCAGCAUCUGGGAGAUCUGGGCAACGGGACCAGCGGCAAUGUGGUCAAAAUGCUGCACGUUUCCAGCAACACAGUCAUUGCCGUCAAACAGAUGCGUCGCACCGGCAACGCCGAGGAGAAUAAACGCAUUCUAAUGGAUCUGGAUGUGGUGCUCAAAUCGCACGACUGCAAAUAUAUUGUCAAGUGUUUGGGCUGCUUUGUCCGCGAUCCGGAUGUGUGGAUCUGCAUGGAGCUAAUGUCCAUGUGCUUUGAUAAGCUCCUCAAACUGUCCAAGAAGCCGGUGCCGGAGCCCAUACUCGGCAAGGUCACGGUGGCGACGGUGAAUGCAUUGUCCUAUCUGAAGGACAAACACGGCGUCAUCCAUCGUGAUGUGAAGCCGUCGAACAUUUUGAUCGAUGAGCGCGGCAAUAUAAAGCUAUGCGAUUUUGGGAUUAGCGGCCGCCUGGUGGACUCCAAGGCGAAUACACGUUCUGCUGGCUGUGCAGCUUACAUGGCGCCGGAGCGCAUUGAUCCGAAGAAACCAAAGUACGAUAUACGCGCCGAUGUGUGGUCGCUGGGCAUAACGCUUGUGGAGCUGGCCACCGCACGUUCACCGUACGAGGGCUGCAAUACGGACUUUGAGGUGCUAACCAAGGUACUCGACUCGGAGCCGCCGUGUUUGCCCAGCGGCGAUGGCUACAAUUUCAGUCAGCAGUUUCGUGAUUUUGUCAUCAAGUGCCUCACCAAGAACCAUCAGGAUCGACCCAAAUAUCCGGAGCUGUUGGCCCAGCCAUUCAUCAAGAGCUACGAGCUGGCCCAUGUCGAUGUGCCCAACUGGUUUCAGAAUGUGAUCGACUGUGCUGCGGGCAAGCGACUGCGCGCCAAUGGCGACUCCACGUUGACGAGAGCGACAACAACAACAACAGCAGCAGCAGCCGCAGCAGCAACACGCGCCAAAGAAGCUGCCACAUUGUAUGGAAGAAAUGCGGCGGCAUUGACAACGCGCAGUCCAAGCAAUACGCAAACGCUGAAGACAAUAAAACCCACACAGAUUCCAAGCUAUCAGCAGGCGCCGGCUACUACGGGUACGCAGUAUUUCAUGCAAUCAGCCACACAACUACCUCAACAACAACCACAGCAACAAGCAGCAGCAGCAGCAGCAACAGCAACAACAUUGAACAACUUCAGCAGCGGCGGCAGCGGUGGCAGCGGCAGCAGCAGCAGCGCAAGUCCCAUGUCGCCGCCAGGUGGUGGCAGCAGCAUCAGCAGCAACGACAUCAACAAGCUGUAUCGCAAGUCGCCGUUCAUGCAACGCAAGCUGAGCAAUGGCUCGCACUACAAGUACACGGAUGAGAGCCCCAAAAAGGAGUCUGUAUUCAGUAGCAUUGGUCAAUCGAUAUUACGCAAUUUGACAACAUCGCCGUUCAGUCAAAAGAAACAUCAAGCGAUUGUCACAGCAACAACACCAAUUGCAGCAACAGCAACAACACCGAUUGCCACAACAACUGCAACAACAAUAAUAACAACACUGCCGCAUAGUAAAGCCAAAACGCCGACUGAGCUAAUGAGCACGCCCAAAUGGCGUCUGCCAGCAGCGCAGAGAACGUUGCCGUACGAUACCUGUGAUAGUAGAAUUGAUAAUUGCAGCGCCCUCGGCUCGCCCACGUUGCAGCCCAAAAGCCUGAUAACAGAGCCAACGAUAGCGACAACAACAACAGCAACGACAACAACAACAACAACAGCAUUGCAGCUCAACAAUCAACAACAACAACAGCGUAUGCAGCCAGGCAAUCAGAGUCCCAUAGUGUUGCAGCGUUUCUAUCAUCAGCAGAAUCAGCUACGCGAAAAGGAGGCAGCCGAGCGGCAACAUCACUUCCAGCAGCAACAUCUGCAGCAGCAGCAGCAACAUCUGCAGCAGCAGCAGCAGCUGCAACAUCAUUAUCAGCCGCAACCGCAACAUUAUCACUUUCAUCAGCCGCCACAGACGACGCCAGCGCCAGCGCCGGCGGCGCCGCGUCCUGCGCCUGUCAUUGGCACCAGCACGAAUCCGUUUCACAGCAACUAUGUGGCGCCACCCUCCUCGCACUCCACAUCUAGUCAGUCAUCGACGCAGUCGACGUGCUCGCAAAUAGCCAUCGGCGCAGCGCCAGCAUCGCCUUGUGCCACAGCAGCCGGACACUUUGGCGUCGGCAAUGCGACGCAGUUGCAGUAUCAGCCGCUGCCGCUGACGCCAACGCCAACGCCCGCAACAACAGCAACAACAGCAAAAUCAACAACAUCAACGACAACAAGAACUAGCGAUAACAUAUUCUACAGCAGCUUGCCCUGUAGAUCACCAGAGCAACUGCAGCCGGAUUAUGUUAGCGGCGAAGUUGGCGGAGGAUCUGUUGCUGCUGGUCUUCAGGUGGGCAGCAAGCUGAGCAAAUUGUAUGCCCGUCGCCAGCUAAUUGGCCAGACGAGCAACAACAGCAGCAGCAGCAGCAGCAGCAAUAAUCUAGAUGCCAGGGAGCAGCAUGUGUACUCCAGCCAUGCGGAUGCGGGCUGGUUCAAUACAAUCGCCGGCGCCAUGAAGCGACAAUUUGCGACCUAUGUUAAAACCCAAUUGAAUUCCACAGCGACGCCAACGGCAACGGCAACGGCAACGGCGCCCAAUGUCAAUGGGAAUGAGCAGCUGGGCGGCUUGGAGCCGGCGCAGCCACCGCAACCACCGCCACCGGCUUAUCGGAGCAUUAUGAACAAUGGCAGCAGCGGCCAUGCGACAGGCAAAUCCUAUUACUAUCGGACGCUGUCCGCGGCGAGCAGCAGCAGCAGCCACAAUACCAGCCAAAGCACCUCACCCACAACGGAGCCGCUGACGGGCAGCGGUGCAGCUGGCGUUGCGGCAGCCUCUGCCGCUGGCCAUGUGCUAGCGACCAGCGGCUUUUUGCGACGUUAUGCCAGCAGCGGCGGCGUGGCCGUCGGCGGCGGCGGCGGCGGCGGCAACAGCUGCGGUAGCCACAGUACACCGGCCAGUCCACAUUUGCUGGCCGGCCUGGAUAGGCGUCAUCGCAGUCCGGAUCCGCCGCCGCGCUACAAUCGCGGCCAGUCGCCGCUGUUGUUGCGUAAAAAUCUGCUCGAGCUGAGCGGCCAGCCGCCGGGCUCACCGCUGCUGCAGCGACGCUAUGUCUCGGCGUCGCCGCCAUUGCCGCCGCCGCGUCGCGGCUCGGAGAGUGUGCCCGGCUCGCCGCAACAUUUCCGGACGCGCAUCCACUAUACGCCCGAGCCGCAGCGACGCAUCUAUCGGACCAUAGAUCAAUGAGUAGCACUGCAAAUUAUGGUCAUGUGAUGUUGGUAUGGAUUCGACGAUGAUGUGAUGGCGCCCGAUGACCCGGCAGCUGCUGGCGACAGCUGCAGCACGGCGACAACAACGGCGGACACAAGCACAACAGCAACAACAGGCGCGCCACACAGACGCUCGCUGGACUUUUAAAGCGACAGCAACAACAACCAACAACAACCAACAACAACAACCAACAACAACAGCAAACGAAAGUGUUCAAAAGUCGUAUAUAUAACGUUUAAAUUUUAGGCCGUAGCUAGGCGUUGCGUUGUCUUUUAAUGUUAAUUCAGCUAGUUCACAAAAUGUUUCUGUUUUAAUUUAUAACAAAAAGCAAUUUUUUUUUUUUUUU